AUGAAUAUUUGGGACAUACCCUUUUCUGCGGUAACAAUUUGUCCAACCGGUGGUAUAAACUUAUCAGCGUCAAUUCUCAAAAAUAUAACAGGCAAUGUGAAUAAAAGAAUUACACAUGUGAAAUGGAGACAUGAUGAAUAUCAUUCUAGUAAACUUUUCACAGAAAUUGUGACACAUGAGGGAUUUUGCUACACUUUCAACAUGAUGAACUUUUAUGAUCUUUUUGAAACAGAUGUUGCAUUUGAGAGUUUAGAAAAUUUAAAAGAUAAAACUAAACAUCCAAAUACGGCUUGGGAUUUGCAAGAAGGAUAUAAAAACAGCGAUCCGUUUACUUAUCCAUUUCGAAUAUCAGGUUCUGGAGAAAAUGGAGGUUUAAAAUUUCAAAUUUGGAGAAAAAUUAGUGAAGUAAAAGCUAUAAAAACUCUGGUCAAGGGAUUUAAAUUAGUUAUACAUCUACCUUGUGAGCUACCUAUCUUUGAUCAACAAUAUUUUAGAUUUCCUCUUGAAAAGUCUGCAACUUUGAUUAUUCGACCAUCAAUGACUGUUACAGAAGGUUUAGAUGCAUACUCGACUGAUACGAGACAAUGCUAUAUAGAGGGAGAGAAAAAGCUUGUUUAUUUCAAAAAGUAUACAAGAGCAAACUGUUUGCUAGAGUGUCUUGUUAAAUAUACCAUCGAAAUAUGUGGAUGUGUUCAUUUUUCUUUACCUAGAAAAAUUGGCGAAAAAGUUUGCAAUUCUUCAAUGGAAAAUUGCUUUUAUCAAGCAAAAAAGAAAUUGGCAUUGCAAAAAAUGAAAGACAGUUUAAACAAAAAUAACAAUUAUGGUGAAGUAGAAAAAAGCUCAUGUAAAUGUCUCCCGUCAUGCACCAGUCUCUUUUAUGAAGGAGAAAUAAGUCAAGAUGAUAUUCGAUAUUUCUCUAAGAGCGAAAGAAUUUUAGAUGCAUACAGAUCGGUUGUUUCAAUUUUAUUCAAGGAUGAUGACUUCUUGUAUACUCAAAGGUCAGAAAUUCAUGGAUGGGCAGAUUUUAUAGCAAAUGUUGGUGGAUUACUUGGUCUUUUUCUUGGAGUAUCCAUUCUUUCAAUUGUUGAAAUAAUCUAUUUCAUAUCAUUUCGACAGUUGAAUGAAGAAAAACAAAGUUACAGUUCCUCAAAUUUUUCCAGAAAAUCUUCUUUUGCAAAAGAUUUAAACAAUAUUUCAAAAUCAGCAUCAAUUUCAUUAGAUAAGUCAUUAAAAUUUUAA